AUGGAAGCGUGCCUUCAAAAUACUCAUGGAACAGAGGGGCAUCCCAAGCUGAGCAUCCAACAGAGGGACAUCCAACAGUACCUGGGUGGAGCUGUGAAGGAGUCCAUAGAGGGCUUCUUCUUCCUCUCAACGGACGACGCAUUUGACAAGGCAAAGGAGCUUCUUAAGAAGAUAUUUGGCGAUCCCUUUGUUAUUGCCAACGCUUUCCGCAACAAGUUGGAAUCAUGGCCCAAGAUCUCUCCUCCGGAUGGAACGGGGAUGCGAAAUCUUGCCGACUUCCUAGGUCAGUGCCAGGUGGCUAUAGAGACAAUUGGUAGCCUCCAGGUUCUCGACGACGAAAGAGAGAACAGAAAAGUACUCGUCAAGCUCCCUGACUGGUUGAUCAACAAAUGGGCUAGAAAAGCUGUGGAGUUCAAAGAAAAACAGAAGAAAGUUCCUCCAGUGACUUUGUAA